GCAACAUCACUAAUGAUGAAACUGACUCGAAAGAUACUAAUCCGUAUAUUUAUUUAUUCGAUCUGCCGUGUCAAAACUGGGUAACCAUCUUUAGACCUGGAGAGUCGAGUUGUUCCCAACCACCACCAGUUACAUUAAUUAUUUGUUUAACCAUAGCUUGUUAUGUGGUGCUUGUCGCAGUUAUAGUAGUAGUUAUAGUAACUAGGCGCUUACCGCUAACAAAUAAAUUGAUUACUUAUGUGACUAUUGCUUGCUCUAUAGUGUUGAUUGCGGCUAUAAUAACCGAUACAGAACUUAUAAAUCCUCCUUGGCAAAUUGUUAUUGUGAUUAUUGGUGUUACUAUUGUCUUUUUUUUCGUAGUUAUAAUAGCAGAAAUG